UGAUUCGAUUAUAACUUGUUGCUUGUCCCGAACGAUGAAUCACAAGAAGAGAGUUAAAAAAAACAAAGAAUGGUUAAAUCACAGUUGAGCAAUUAUUGGACGCUAUCCUUCCACGCACGAUCGGACAAGCGUAUCAAAACACUUAAAUUAUGCUAUAAAAGUCUAGCAAGGGACAGGCUGUUCGAGAAAAAGUCAUAAGCUAUAAACUUGUGCGCGGUUCACCUGGUUUAAACUGCUAUCCGUCUCUUCUUGAACAAGAAAACAUGGAUGACCGAGGGGAUGACAGUUAUGGUUUUUCAAAGAGGAAUUUAUACGAGGACCUUAUUAAAGCCUUGAGAGCUGCUAACGACAGCGGUGCAACUACAAACAACAACACAAGCCGAAAUGUGCAAGUGGACAGCACAGAUGUAUUUCUCGUAUCACUCACUCUAAAUGCCAUCCUCACUCUGCUUGUCUUCGCCUUGUUUUGCUUGCUAAGGCCCCGAAUGCAGCGCCUAUAUUCGCCACGAUUACUACUGAUCAAGCCCGUCUCUACUUUCGUCAAAUACUCCGACUCACUAUUCGGUUGGCUUCUCCCUGCAAUGACCGUUACUGAUGACUCAAUUUUUAACGAUAUAGGAAUCGAUGCUCUUGUUUAUAUUCGUUUGAUCAAGUUAUGCUUUAAGAUUUCCCUCGUCAUUCUCCCGUAUGGAAUCAUAGUUUUACUACCGCUUAAUCUACACGGUGGUUUACACCUCUCGGGGUUGGAUAAACUUACGAUGUCGAACAUGCAUGAGAAAUCGACCAAGGCGUGGGCACACCUCGUGGGGGUGUGGGCCUAUACGCUAAUUAUCUGCUAUCUUUUAUACAAGGAAUGGCAAGUUUACUUGGUCUACAGACGGAAACAUCUUGCUAAAGGUUUGCCUCAUCAGUACGCCGUGUUGCUUAGGGGACUAACGUCUAAGCUCAAAAACAGGGAAACUCUGAGGAAGUACGCGGACGGGAUUUUCCCCGGACAGGUUGUGCAAGUGAUUAUGGUGGAGAACCUGAAAAACUGGAAUGCAUUGGUGGCCCAGCAUGAUAAAUCCAUUCUUGCCCUCGAGAAAGCAAAGUUCAAACUCUUAGCAAACGGAAAACGACCACAACACAGAGUGCGGUGCUUUGGCAAGAAAACAGACACCAUAAUAUUCCACAAGAACAACCUUAAGACACUGCACGGCUUGUUGGAGGAAGAAAUUGAACGUGAUCGUCCAUUCAGACCAAGCGCUUUCAUAGUUUUCCGGAGCUUGCGAGUGGCAUCCAUGGCUGCCCAGGUUCUUUGGGACGACUCUGUCCGAUUAAUGAACGUACAGCCAGCCCCGGACAAACAUGACGUCAACUGGACCAGUCUUAGCGUAGGGUUCGUUUCCAGGAUGACCCGACAGACUACCGCCUGGGCCGUUGUCUUUGUCCUGAUGUUUUUCUACACCAUACCAACUGGUUUCGUCUCCUCCCUCAUCGCCUUUGAUAAGCUAAAGAGAGUUAUCCCUGCUCUCCAGAACCUUAACACGCACCCGCUAGUGAGCGCGUUCAUCCAGGGAUUCUUAUCCAGCAUCGUCAUGACGAUAUUUGUAAAGUUUCUACCAAAGAUAAUGCACUAUAUCACGAGGAAGGGAGGUUUUGCCUCGAAGUCAGAAGAGGAUGAGCUGGUGCUAAACUGGCUUUACAUGUUUAAGACAAUCAACAACUUCCUGUUCGUGACGAUUGCUAGCUCGGCGCUGACCAAGCUAGAAGAGAUCAUGGGCUCUCCUAAGAUGCUCCCACAAUUCCUUGCAAAGACUCUUCCGACCCAGUCCACCUUCUUUAUCACAUUCAUCAUUCUAAAGAGUCUAACGGGAUUCUCGCUCGAGCUACUACGAUGGUUCCAUUUGAUCCUUGUUGUUAUAAGGCGAUGUAUGACGAUGACACCCAGGCAGGAGAAGACCUAUUGGUUACCUCAACGUCUGUCCUUUGAUGGCAAGAGCUCGGAGAAUCUGCACGUGUUCACGAUCGGCAUCUGUUUCUCGGUCCUCGCCCCCCUUGUCGCGCCAUUCGUUGUUCUCUAUUUCACGCUGAGCUACUGUGUGUGGACCUAUCAAAUCGUCUGUGUUUACGUGCCCACCUAUAACUCAGGUGGACAGCUCUGGCCGGUCGUAUUCUCAAAGAUGAUCGCGAGUCUUCUCCUAUUCCACUUCCUCAUGGUUGGGUACUUUGGCCUCAAAAAAAUUGUCAUCAUUCCGUUUCUUGUUCUACCAUUACCGUUUCUUACCUGCGCCUUCUAUCUGUACAUCCAGCGGUAUCAUUACCGCUCGACCGCGUUUCUAUCCCAGGAGUCUGCGCGCGGGUCGGACGAGGCCCCGCCGACUGUGAUCGAGGCGGCCCGGGAAAUCUACUUGCGGAGACACCAUGUUCCGCCCCUACAAACCUUGAGCACAGACCAGCCUGGGAAUGACAAUAUACCGGAUGAUGACUUUGAGGACGAAACCAGUGACUCCGCUCCUCUGAAUACCAUAUCAGCACAAAAAUAUUCUAGAUAGCCUGUGGCGGUGGUAGAGAGUUACAGGGGGUGGGCCACUGGGAGUAUGUGCCCCCCCCCCCGAAUAUUUUCUAAAACUAUAAGGAAAUGAACUGAAGGGGGCGUGGCUGUGGCCCAAAAUAUUUUCUUAAUGUUUCUGUAAUGUGCCACCCACCCAAUAAUUCGAGUCCUGCUACAGCACUUAAGGAUAGGGUGUUACAUAAAAGUAUAGAAAGUUUGCAUAAUUAAACCAGUUUUGUUAUCCAAGGGAUAACUAUGCUUUCAGGAACAAAUUUUUAUUGGUUGGAUACCUAUCCACCACUAUGAAAAUAAUUUAAACUACGAAUAACUCCUAUCAGUAGAUAAAUUUAUCUGAGUUUUAAGGAACUCCCCUUGCAAGCCGCAUGCAUAUUAUUAGGGUAGGCUUUAACAGCGAAUCUUGAAACUUUAUUGCACACUUCUCAUGAUUGUCAAUACUACUCCUAUGAGCAGUUUAGAGGACGUUUAAAAAUUUAAAAAUUGAGAAAAUUAAACGUUAAAACGUUGAUGUAGCUCACCAUGCAUGAAUGCGUCAUGAUGUACCUUGAUUAACCACAUAAACAAACACUGGUAGGCUGAUGACAUAAUAGGAGUAGCUGAACUUUUUACCCUUAAUACUAGAUGUUUUAGGUUUUCCAGAACCCUAUUGCCCCAUUUCUUGAUGUUUUCAAUUCAUAAAUGAUGUCCUGUGAAUAGACACCCUAAGGCAUAGCAGACCUAAUAAAUAGGACUUCAUGACUCUAUUAAAAAAAGAUAAAACAGGAAAUAUUUUCAUGUGCAGUCACUAUAUGAUCACCUAUAGGAAUAAUUCUGAACUAUUGGUUGAACGUUAAGACAGUGUUAAUUAAAUACUCUCUAGUUACUCUUGGUAAGAAAAAACAAAUAUAUUUCAAUUGCCAUAUAUUUUUAGUACUUAAAAAAAGCAUUUAAAAUAUGAUCAAAAGAAGGAUGUAAUUUUGAUGAAAAUAAUAGUUUCGAAUAAAUAAAUAUGAAUGAA